AUGGCACGUAAGGCGCAACCGCCGCAAUCAUUACCCCGGACGUUUCCCUCCAGAUUCCCCUUCUCAACAAAUUCGACUCCCUCCCGAAACACACACUUCAAGCCCAUCACCACAGCCGAACACGCAUCUCAUCUCGCCAGCCAACGCUUCAACCGGCCCGUGAGCCCUCACCUCUCGAUCUACCGCCCGCAAAUCACCUGGUACUCGGGCGCGCUGAUGCGCAACUCCGCCAUCCUCAUCACCGCACCGAUCUAUAUCUUCGGGGCGGCAUACUUGAUCGCUCCGCUUGUGGGAUGGCAUCUCGACAGCACCAGCGUGGUUGAAUGGUUCGCGUGCCUGCCCCAUGCCACGAAGCUGGCGAUCAAGGCCGUCUUUGCGUUUCCGUUCUGCUUCCAUAUCGUGCAUGGGUUGAGGCACCUAGUUUGGGAUACGGGGAUGAUGUUGACGAAUAGACAGGUUGCGGUUAGUGGGUGGCUUGGGUUGGGGGUUAGUGUGCUGGCAACGGUGGGGUUGGUGGCGUACUGA